AUGAACGCCUGCAUGUCACCGAGCCAGGAGCUCAUCAGCUCAAAACCCGGCGAGGAUCCGUUCGGUUUCAGCGACAACUGUGGAUGCAGUAACGGCAUCGGCGGCAACCCGCCAGGCCAGGGAUGUGGCGGCGGUGGUGGUGGAGGUCAGCGCGGAGGAAUGGCAAGUGCAUACAACUGUGCCGGUCAGCAGGGCGGGGCCCAGCAGGACAAACACUCGGAAGAGUUCGACGCCGGCUGUCAGCGAAUUGGAGAAUUCAUCGUGAACUUGUGGCAGGAUCAGAGGAUGUGCGACGUCAUAAUGCGAUGUCAGGACGGCACCAUCAAGGCCCACAAGUCCGUCCUGGCGGCUUACAGUCCCUUCUGCUGCGAAAAUUUCAGCAAAUUUCCAAACGAAUCAGCCAUCAACAUCGACCUCUGCGAAUUUCCUGUGGAGACGGUGAAAAUGUUGCUCGAAUAUCUCUACCUGCGUAAAAAUUACGAGAUGUGCGCGUCGAACGUGGCGAACGUGAUCAGAGCAGGCGGCGAGUUGGGCCUGAUGGAGGUUGUCGAGAAUGGAAUCGACUUUCUAUGCAACGUGACCGUUCAGAACGCUCUCUACCACUACGCCAUCGCCGACCACUGCUGCCUCGAAAAAACUCGCGAAAAGAUAUUCUGCUUCAUUCUGGACAACUUCCGAGAGAUCAGUCGAACGAGACACUUCCUCUGGCUGCAUCCUGAAGUUCUCCUCCGUAUCCUGUCCGACGAUCAGUUGAGGGUAUCGAGUGAGAUUGAAGUUUUCUACGCCCUGGUCACUUGGAUCGACUGCGACCGAUGCAAGAGGAUGCCGCUGGCCCCCACCCUCCUUCUCUGCGGCCUGCGACUCAUGGAGAUCCCGCCAGAAGAACUCAUCAGCAAAGUGGAGAAAGUGGAAUGGCUGUUCGAGAGUGAGGAGUGUGGGGUGAUUUUGAACGAAGCCAUUCGCUGUCACGCUCUCAGGCUGAGCAACAGCACGAUGGCUUGCGCUGCCCCCUUCGACGAACAACGGCUGAGAGGUGGCGGUAAGGCCUCCUACAGAUAA